AUGGCUUCCUUUGCGACUAGAACGACUCGCGCAGCAGCGUUGGGAAAGUCGUUGCUCCCGACUCGACCGAUUGUUGCUACUCGCGGGCUCACCACCCGCGCAACCUCCUACACACUCAAUACAGGUGCAAAGAUCCCCGCUUUAGGAUUUGGUACAUUCCAAGAUGCAGAUUCCCAGGAAAAGACUGUCAGCCUAGCGCUGCGAAAGGGCAUGCGCCUGAUUGAUACUGCUCGUGUUUACGACGUUGAAGAGCAGGUCGGAAAGGGAAUCAAGAAGAGCGGUAUUCCCCGCGAAGACAUUUUCCUCGGUACGAAGCUAUGGUGCAACGACUACCACCCCGAAGACGUGGAGCGUGCUGUGGAUGACUCCCUCCGUGACCUGGAUACCCCUUACGUGGACCUCUUGUUGAUGCACUAUCCAUGUACCUUCAAGCGCGGCGCCGACCGAUUCCCUAGGGACGCUGAAGGCCGGAUGAUCCGCGGCGAGACCACCUUUGUGGAUACGUGGAAAGCGAUGGAAGAGGUGAUUAAGACUGGCAAGGUCAAGGCCAUUGGUGUUUCGAACUUCAGUAAGGGUGAAAUCGAGACGUUGAUUGAGAAGACUAGCACUGUCCCUGCAGUCCACCAGAUGGAGGUCCACCCCUAUCUGCAGCAAAAGGGAUUCAACAAGUGGCUGAAGGAACAGAGAAUUCACGUCGUCCAGUUCAGCCCGCUGGGGAAUAUGAACGACUUCUAUCGACAGACCGGUUGGUCCAAGGAGAUUGCACACAUGAAGCGGGUCAUUGACCAGCCGAUCAUGAAAGAAAUUGGCGAAAAGUAUGGCAAGACCCCAGUCCAGGUGGUGCUCGCAUGGGGGAUCAAUAGUGGACGCUCCGUCAUCCCCAAAAGCGUGGUGGAUUGGCAGGUUGAGCAGAACCUGGAGGCCGACUUCAAGCUGCAGGAUGAGGAUAUGGCGAAAAUUGAGACUUUGGAUGCGAAGGCUCGCUUCAAUGAUCCCAGCUUGGACUACGAGUGGCGCCUAUAUAGUGAUUUGGAAGGCAUUGACGGCACCGUGAAGGGACGCACUCAUUAG